GAACAAUCUCACCACUUCAUCCAUCGCCACUCAACCGAUUCAGAUUCAAAAAUCAUCUCCUGAGAACGAACACUCUUCAUCACACACACCCCAAAAAAGCUAACAACAAAUAAUGGCGGCGGAUCCAAACCCUAAAAAGUUCCCCGUCCUCUCCUACGUCUUAGCCCGCCUCCCUACUUUCACCUCCCCCAAAUCCUCCUCCCCUUCAUCCUCCUCCGUCCCCGCCUUCGAUGUCGAGCAGCCACAACCCUCCUCAAUCGAGAUCGUCACACAGAUGCCUCACUUAACGGAGCCAGGCGUCCUCGCGUCGAUGACCAAAGCCAUCACCGACGUCGCCGAGACCCGAUCCAUCCUCCGAACCCUAGGUCCCCGACCCGAUCACGAGUCCGUCGACAAGGCGCGUGCCAAGCUUUCCGAGAUCGAGGGGAGGUUUUCGGAGUCGUUUGAGGACAUCGCGUUGAACGAAGGAGCGGGGAAGGACGAGAUUGAGAAGAGGAGGGAGGAGAUGGAUCAGGAGAAGACUUGGUGUGAGUCGGUUUUGAAGCUGGAUGAGGUUCAUGGUGCGUAUGAGAAGAUGUUGAGUGAGGCGGAGGAGAGGUUGGUUAGGAUUUAUGAGUUUGCUGAGAAGAAGAAGAAGGCGGAGGAAGGGGAGGGUGAAGGGGAGGGGGAGGGUGUGGUGGAGGAGGUUAAUGAGGAGGUUGUGGGGAUAUUGAAGGAGGCGAUGGGGAAUACGGUGGAGAGGGUUGAUUUGUCUGGGAGGAAGUUGAGUUUGUUACCUGAGGCGUUUGGUAGGAUUCAAGGGUUGCUUGUUCUUAAUCUUUCCAAUAAUCAGCUUAAGGCUAUUCCUGAUUCAAUAGCAGGACUGCAUGGUCUUGUUGAAUUAGAUGUCUCCGGGAAUCUUCUGGAGACAUUACCAGAUUCUAUCGGUCUACUGUCCAAACUGAAGAUUCUGAAUGUCUCGACUAACUCGCUCACCUCCUUGCCUGAUUCCAUCUGCCGUUGCGGGUCGUUGGUUGUGUUGGACGUGAGCUUCAACCGACUCACCUACUUACCAACCAACAUCGGAUUCGAGCUAGUGAAUCUAGAAAAGCUCAUGAUCCAAUACAACAAGAUCCGUUCCUUGCCGAGCAGUAUAGGCGAGAUGAGAUCCCUAACAUACCUCGACGCCCACUUCAACGAACUUCACGGCCUUCCUGACUCUUUCGUCUUGCUCACAAACCUAGAGUACUUAAACCUAAGCAGUAACUUCAGCGACCUCAAGGAUCUCCCUGCCUCAUUCGGCGACCUCAUUAGCCUCCAGAAACUGGACUUGAGUAACAACCAAAUCCACUCCCUCCCCGACACUUUUGGCACUCUCGAGAGCCUGGUGGAACUGAAUGUGGACCAGAACCCGCUCGUGGUUCCACCGAAGGAAGUGGUGAAUGAAGGUGUGGAGGCUGUGAAGUUGUAUAUGGGUCAGAGAAGGAUCGCUAUGUUGGAAGAAGAAGAGAGGAAGAGAUUGGAGGAGGAGAUGGAGCAGGCGAACGCAGGGUGGCUCACAAGAACCACCUCGAAGCUGAAAAGUUAUGUCUCGGAUGUUUCUGAGUAUCUCAAUCCGACUUCUCCUCGAGACCCUUACCUUGAGAGGGAACUAUGAAUGUGACUUUGGCUUGAAGAAACAAUGGUUUCUGCUCUCCUUUUGGCUGGUUUUGUCUCAUAUUGUCUCUUCUCAAUCAGAGUAUAUAAUGAAGGGUUCUCUCUUCGUUACGUUUGUGAUUCUUCUUUUUUUUUGUGAUGGGUUAUGCCUGUCAUUAUACUUAGGUUCAUUCUCAAGACGAACCUUUUUGGAUUUUGCCGGUUUUAAAGAAAAAAAAAACUAAUGUUUUGUGGGGGUAAUAAAAGCUCAAAGGAGUCUAACUGAGUUUUGUGUUUGAGCUUUGUGUAUCUCUUUUCUGGUUGCUUUCCUUUGUUUGAUAAUUGCAUCAGACUAUGAGUUAAUGCUGUAUGACUAAUUUAAUAUGUGAGAAACAUGCAACGAUCUACCUCU